UAUACCUACUAAAGGAUAAAUAGCAAAUCCCGACGAAGAGAGAGAAGCUGAGAGCAAGAGGUUAUGGAGUCCUCAGACUUCCAACCUUCUCCAUGGCAUCUCUUCUUCAAUGCUCCUCUCCUCUUUCCCUCAUACUUAACUCAGGAUAACUAUGUUCACUGGACCAAAACGCCAGAGUCUCACAUUUAUUUGACCAACCUUCCAGGUGUGAGGAAGGAGGAAAUUAAAGUGGAAGUGGAGGAUUCUAUAUACUUCAUAAUCAGAACCCAGGCCGUGGACGGAGAAGCAGAGAUGGCGAGGAGCUUCAUGAGAAAAUUCAGGCUUCCGGUUAUGAUUGAUGUUAAUGGAAUCUCCGCUCGCUACGAAGAUGGGGUUUUAAGGGUUACCGUUCCCAGAUCUUUCGUCAAUAGGCGGAUUCGUAUCGAUCCUGCAAAUCUACUGGAGCGCUAUGAAAUUCUUGCACCAGCGGCCUAAGGGGGAAAAAAAGAAGAAGAAGAUAAAUUUCUCAAUUUGUCAUUGAUUCAGGUCAGCUCUGGUUUAAUUUUCUUGUGGAAUGUAACAAUUAGGAACGAAUUGGAUCAUUACUGUUUCCUGUAUUAUAUUAUCAAAUAAAGUUUCUGAAAGUCUUGAAUUGUAAUGGAUUCAGUUUCUCACUGGAUUCCUGGAAGACUGGAACAUCCAAAUAUAAUUAUCCAAAUCUAAAGAUGAAUUAGAACAA